AUGUACGAAUGCGAUAAUUGCUCAGAUCGCUUCCAUAGUCGGGAUGAUCUAGAUGAACAUAUGGAUGUCUGGGCUCAUUGGGAGUGCGAGACGUGCUCCCGAACCUUUGGUUCACAGCACUCGCGGAACCAACACAUGAACGCUAUCGAUCAUUGGGCGAAACGAUACGGUUGUGAGACUUGCGCCAUGCAGUUCCGCUCGGAGAUUGCCGCUGAGCAGCACAUGGAAGUGAAUGGUCAUUAUGAGAACUACUGCAAGGAUUACGCACCAUUUCUUAAUCGCGAGAAGAUUUUGAGAAUCGUUCGUCGUCAGGAUCCGAAUGGUCUGAUCACCAACAAACAGAUUGAGUGGCACAAGGAGCAGACAUCCGAAUAUGAGGUCACGGAUCAGGCAUACAACGGGAACGCUUGGGAGUGCUAUCUAUGUCAUCGUCAAUUUCAGAUGCGACAGGGCCUGACUCAGCAUUUGAACUCGCCGGUCCACAAACAACAGGUUUACCAUUGCCCGAACUUCAAAUGCCCGAAGCAGUUCGUUACAUUAGCGGCUUUGUUCAACCACCUCGAAAGUGAACAGUGCGAAUUUAUGAAGUUUCAGAGCGUUCAGAAACAUGUUCAUGGUAUCGUAACAGGGCAGAGACUCAUCAGCUUCUAG